UGUUUAUUAUUUUUUGAAGUGACAUUUGCCAAAGUCAUUAGGAAUGUUUAGUUUACAGGUCAUAGUGGACUAUGUUAAUUAACGAAUCCGGUGAAAAACAGUUGAAUUACACAACAUGAAUUUGGGCGGUGCAAUACACCUGAACCGAACAGGAUUUCUUAUUAUUUGCGGCAUAUCGUGUCUGCUAUUGUUUUAUGUGAUUUCUAAUAGGAGCAAUGCAACAACCCAUAACUCUCUGAAGGAUGCCCCUCAGGUGGACCUGAAGAAACUGUUAGGUGUUGCGAUCAGAGCAGCUAAGAAUGGAGGCAUUGAGGUGGUCUCUGUCAAAGAUAAACUCACAGUGCAAAGCAAGGGGAAGACCAAAGAAGGCCUCAAUGAUGUGGUGACCACAGCAGAUUUCCAAUCACAUUGUGCAAUGAAAGCAACCAUAAAGCAUCAUUUCCCAAAUGUGGUUGUUGUUUCUGAGGAGGCCAAAGCUGAGUGCAAGGAUGAAAAUGAGCUGGAUUACUCAUUUGGUAAGGAGGAUGAAUUCAAAUCACUGCCACCUUCUCUGGUUUAUGAGAAGGACAUAACUGUUUGGAUUGACCCACUUGAUGCCACAAAGGAAUACACAGAAAAGCUGUAUCACUAUGUCACUACCAUGGUUUGUGUGGCUGUGAAUGGAAGACCCAUCAUGGGCAUUAUUUAUAAACCAUUUUCAAAUGAGAGUUUCUGGUCUUGGGUGGGCAAUGGGCAAUCCAAUUCCAUAAAAUCCAUUCUGAUUCCAGCUGAUGAAGAAGCUGAUGGUGAAAUACAGGAGGAGGAUGACACUGAGUUGAAAGUUAUUGUUUCAAAGUCACACAGUGGAAAGAUCAAGGAGAAUUUACAGAAAAACAUGAAGAGAAUUAGCAUAACUGAGGCAGCUGGAUCAGGUUUUAAGGUGCUUGAAGUGGUUGCAGGUAAAGCGGAUGUUUACGUUCAUAACACGGCGAUAAAGAAAUGGGAUAUUUGCGCGGGAGAUGCGAUUCUGGAGAGUUUGGAUGGUAAAUUGACAACAAGCGACAAUUUCCUCAUCGACUAUUCCGACACAUUCAACGUGGUGAAUUACAAUGGAAUCAUUGCAUCGAUGCACAAACCGAGUCACAACAAGUUUAUUGGAAAACUGUGAAAAGUGAAGUUUUACGACUUUUAUUUGUUGUAGAGGUUUACAUUCUAGGAACAAACAUUUUUUUUUUUAAAUUUUUAUUAUUAUAUGUAUGUAAUAAAGUGGUACAUGUUUCUU